AACUUAUACAAUAGGCCUUCCACUGUGAAAUUUUUGAAUGGUGCAUGCUGGGUGGGUCAGUUGAUACGUGGAGAUUGUUUUUAACCUUUGGCUUAUAUAUCUGUUUGGUGGACCUGAAAGACACAUGUAUUUAUGGUUACUAAAAAGGAUUGCGUUGAAGGCUACUGAUUUCAUCAGCCUUUGUAGGAGCAUUUCAGUCUCGAUUUAGGAAGGGUUUUGAGGGAGACACGAGACAAUGGAAGAAAACAUAAGCAAAAUAGGUUGUCACAGGACACGUGAUUCCUACUCUUGAGUAAGGAAAGCAGCAGGACACGGUGAAUAGCAGGUGUUUUAGCAGUUGGAUCAUGGCAACCAUAGAAGAAAUAGCACAUCAGAUUAUUGAACAACAGAUGGGAGAGAUUGUUACAGAGCAGCAAAGUGGGCAAAAAAUCCAGAUUGUAACAGCCCUUGAUCAUAAUGCACACGGCAAGCAGUUCAUUCUGGCAAAUCAUGAUGGCUCCGCAGCGAGCAAGGUCAUCUUGGCCAGGCAAGAGUCUACUCCAGGGAAAGUUUUUCUCACUUCUCCUGAUGCAGCAGGUGUCAACCAGUUGUUUUUUACAGCUCCUGAUCUGUCUACACCACACCUCCAGCUCUUAACAGAUAAUUCCUCGACAGACCAAGGGGCGAACAAGGUUUUUGAUCUUUGUGUGGUGUGUGGAGAUAAAGCAUCAGGACGUCAUUAUGGAGCAGUAACUUGUGAAGGCUGCAAAGGAUUUUUUAAAAGAAGCAUCAGAAAAAAUUUAGUGUACUCAUGUCGAGGAUCAAAGGACUGUAUUAUUAAUAAACAUCAUCGAAACCGCUGUCAGUACUGCAGAUUACAGAGAUGUAUUGCAUUUGGAAUGAAACAAGAUUCUGUUCAGUGUGAAAGAAAACCCAUUGAAGUAUCACGAGAAAAAUCUUCAAACUGUGCCGCUUCUACAGAAAAAAUCUAUAUCCGCAAAGACCUUCGAAGCCCGUUGGCUGCAACUCCAACUUUUGUAACAGACAGUGAGGCUGCAAGGUCAACAGGACUGUUGGAUUCAGGGAUGUUUGUGAAUAUCCAUCAGUCUGGAAUAAAAACUGAGUCAGCUGUACUGAUGACACCAGACAAGGCUGAAUCCUGCCAGGGAGACCUCAGUACACUGGCAAGCGUAGUUACAUCAUUAGCAAAUCUUGGAAAAACUAAAGACUUUUCUCUAAAUAAUAAUGAGAUGUCUGUGAUGGAAAACUUAAGUAAUGGUGAUACUUCUUUGUGUGACUUUCAUCAAGAAAUGCAAACCAACGGUGACGUUUCAAGGGCAUUUGAUACGCUUGCAAAAGCAUUCAAUCCUGGAGAGAACACACAUUAUCAGAACUCAGGAGAGGGCAUGGAAGGAAGUUUGCGUGUAAUUGCUGGAGAUUCAAGCAUAAAUUACAUCGAAAAAGAAGGCCCACUUCUCAGCGAUUCACAUGUAGCUUUCAGGCUCACUAUGCCUUCUCCUGUGCCUGAGUACCUGAAUGUACACUACAUUGGGGAAUCUGCCUCCAGACUGCUGUUCUUAUCAAUGCACUGGGCACUUUCAAUUCCUUCUUUCCAGGCACUAGGGCAAGAAAACAGCAUAUCACUGGUGAAAGCUUAUUGGAAUGAACUCUUUACUCUUGGUCUUGCCCAGUGUUGGCAAGUAAUGAAUGUGGCAACUAUAUUAGCCACAUUUGUCAAUUGUCUUCACAGUAGCCUUCAACAAGAUAAAAUGUCAACAGAAAGGAGAAAAUUGUUGAUGGAACAUAUCUUCAAGCUACAGGAGUUCUGUAACAGCAUGGUUAAACUCUGCAUUGAUGGAUAUGAAUAUGCCUACCUAAAGGCAAUCGUACUCUUCAGUCCAGAUCAUCCAGGCCUAGAAAAUAUGGAGCAAAUUGAGAAAUUUCAGGAAAAGGCUUAUGUGGAAUUCCAAGAUUAUAUAACCAAAACAUAUCCAGAUGACACCUACAGGUUAUCGAGACUACUACUCAGAUUGCCAGCUUUGAGAUUGAUGAAUGCUACAAUUACUGAAGAAUUGUUUUUCAAAGGACUCAUUGGCAAUGUACGAAUUGAUAGUGUCAUCCCACAUAUUUUAAAAAUGGAGCCUGCAGAUUAUAACUCUCAAAUAAUUGGUCACAGCAUUUGAAACCAGAGAGCCAAGUGCUAUAAACUGACUGUUCUUUCCUGAACACAAGAUACCAAAUCGAACUUACUGUUUCCAGAGUAUCUGGAAAUUUUGACUUUAAAAGAGUAACCAAAAUUCAAGGAAUUUUUAUUUAACUUCCUUGAAAAAGUUUUGAAGUGACUGGGCAUCCUUUUGUGUUUAAUAAGUGAGUAAGAAAUGCUCUGAAUUUAUCUUCGUGGAGAUGACAUGUGAAGCUGUCACCUCUUCUCUAAACUAAGACUCUCAUCUAUUUUAAAAAACAAAUAAAUCAGUCGUUUUUCCCCUUGAA